UUAGAAGUUCCAUAAUCCUCUCUCUUGCCGUAUUCUUGCAGUUUAUUAUAAGUCUAAAUUCGAUCAAUCGGUCCAUUUUUAACUCGUAUAUUAAAUAGUAAGAAAAUUAUUCAAGAUGAUUAUGACUUAUACAUGUAAAACUAAAUAUUCUUCAAGACUUAUUUUUCCAAGAUAGUAACCCAGACAGCACCAUGUCUAAAAUUGGCGCAUAAGAUAUCUUUAACAAAUUCUGAUAUUAUAUCCAAAAGAUAUCUUAAAGAAGUUUUAUAUGCGCCAAUGUUGAACAUGGUGCUGUCCGGGAAGAAACGGGAAAAAGCGUCCGAAGCAUGUACGAAAAAGCGGAGAGCGAUGGCUGUUUGCGUUGUGCACGCAGCCUUAUUCCGUUCGAACUCGCUCUCCCCGGCGUGCUCCCGAGAGUCCGUCUGCGAGAUCUCUAUCUCGCUCUUCACGGAGAGGUCUCUCGGCCUCCCUCUCAUUGAGAGUCAGUCAGUCAGUCAGUCAGUCUGACGGAGCGACGCGGUUCGCACGCAUCGUACCGUACGCGACAAGCGUGCAGACACGCACGCGAGGAUUCAUCUCUUUCGAAGCGAUAUCAUAUAUAUAUACAAAUCCUUCUUCUCUCCGCUUCCCCUUAUCAAUCGAGGGGGUGGACAACCGCGCAUUGAAAUCACUUCGUCAUCGGGGAGGGGAGGGUAGAAAAGAGGAUCCUCUCCUCCGCACCGUGGGUUACGUCCGAGGUGACCCCGUGAAAUCCCAGAUUUCACACGCGUCGAAGCGGACGGCACGCGAGCUCCGCUUUCAGGGGAGAGAUAAGCGACCGGGGAAACGUUGCCCUCUGCGUUACCUAUCCUAUCUGUAUCCUGUUUCUUUUUUUUUUUUAUUUUUCGACGACUGCCAGAGGGAAGGAGCGGUCUUCCUCUUCUUCCUCCUCCUCGCACCGGUGUCGUGCGUGCAACACCUGGCGGUGGCACCAAGCGGUCCUCGUCGCGGACGAUUAUUAUGCGAUCGGCUGCGGCCGCCCUGGCCGCGGUGACGGCGCUCGUCGUUCUACUCCUGGACGACGCGCUCGCCCGGCACAAGAACCGCUCCGGGAACGGCGCCCAAAAGCCGUCCGAUAUCUCUCUCUGGAUCAAUCAGCAGCAGACGAAGAUGUUGAGCGGACUGGAGAUAGAAAUAUACGCGAUCGCGGAGGGUAGAGUAAUCAGUCACCUCUUGGAUCCAGAAUUCGAGAGUAAACUGCCGAUAAUUCCAAGUGAGGUGUCGCACGUGAACUUCACGUGGAAGGCCGGGACUAAAAAGUAUUAUUACAAUUUUUUUCGCUUGAAAUCGUUCGACGAGAGCAUUCUCAAAACUCCAUCCAUCACGAUUGAGACCAAAGGACGAGUGCCUAAGAGACCGAAAGAGUUCAGUGUUCUGCUACCUUGCGCCGGCAAGGGAAUAGCGCAAUUCGGGAUCGGUCUAAUGAUCGAGUCGCGCAACGGGAUACCUCUGAACGGGACGCCGCUACGUUUCCGUUUGAGAAAAGAAUGCAGCGUGCGCGGUGAGUCCGUCAGUCGCGCCCACGAUCACCACCUCUUCGCUCGCACAUACAAACCUAAUCCUGGUCCUUGUCCGGACGGUUACCUGGGGCCGCCUCAUUGUAACAAAGCGCUUUGUUAUCCAAAAUGUAUGCAUGGUGGAAACUGCACGGCACCAGGUGUAUGCUCGUGCCCGCCAGGAUAUCAGGGACCCUACUGUGAAGGAGGUAUCUGCACAGAGAAAUGCUUGAAUGGAGGAAAGUGCGUGCAGAAGGACGUCUGUGAAUGUACAAAAGGAUACUUUGGUUUACGCUGCGAAUUCUCCAAAUGUGUCAUUCCUUGCUUGAACGGAGGUAAAUGCAAGGGCAAUAAUAUUUGUAGAUGUCCAAAGGGUUUCAAAGGUAAUCAUUGUGAAAUUGGCAGACGUUCACCACAGCGAUCAACGUGUACAAGAGCAUGUAGAAAUGGAAUCUGUCAACCGGACAACACAUGUCUCUGCGAUUCUGGCUGGUUUGGAAAGUUGUGCAGCAAGAACAAACCAUGGGCUUAGGAAUAUUUUGCUAUUUUUAUACCAGCUAAAUACUUUGAAGAUGAUAUCUCACUUUAAAUCUCCAAACCUACGAUAAAUUAUGUUUAUAAUUUAUGUAUUCUUAACUACAUACAUGUAUGAAAGAUUUGUGUUGAUAUAGAGAAAGAAUCUCAUGAUAUUUAAAUGAUUCAGUUCAUUUAAUAGAAUGAGAUGUACACAAAUGUGUACAUGAAAGAGAAGCCUCACGAGAUGUAGAUUGCAAGAAAUUUCAAUUGGUAUCGCUAGGGUGUGCAUUUAUAAUUCUAAUUUACUUUGCCCCAGAUGUGAUAUGUAAAGCUGCUUUAUUUCAUUUUAUAUAACAUUAUUAGAUAAUUAAUUAUAUAUCCUUGUGUGCGUUGUGUGUAAUAAUUGUAAAAAUAAAAUAGGAACAAGAUGUAUUUUGAACCAUGUCAGGAAAUACAGUUUUAAACUCAGCAUCACAGUAAUGUCCGAUGGACUUUGUCGCAGUUAUUUUUCUCUGUGUACAUCUUAGAACAUAAAGACGAAUAAUAAAUAGAUGAAGAUAUAAA